GUUCCUUCGCCGACUCCUAUCCCAUGUCAUGGCAGCGCAUUAACUCCACUGUUUUCCCUGGGCAAAUCAAUAUCAUCCAGCAAUCCCACUGUUUUCUUUUUCCCUUGUGUUUUCUUACAUUUCUUUUUCUGUGUUUGCGUCGUCCUCAUGCUCCCCCAUCUCAUUUAAUGAGCCACCGGAGUUGUGUUCUGCUGCCUGCUCCCAGACGCAUUAUAUCCCCCUCCCCCUCUCAUUUAUUGCCCAAGAUUCGCAGAAGCUCAUAAUACACCCCCUCCUUUUCCCUCCUCCCUCUUCUUGCUUCGCUCUUCUGCUGUCUGAAUUCGUUGGGAAUGGGAAGAACUCCGUGCUGCGACAAGCAGGGGCUGAAGAAGGGGCCGUGGACGCCUGAGGAAGACAAGAUUUUGGUCGACUACAUCAAGGCCCACGGCCAUGGCAGCUGGCGAUCCCUCCCUAAGCUCGCAGGCCUGCUUCGGUGCGGGAAGAGUUGCAGGCUGCGGUGGGCAAACUACUUGCGGCCGGACAUCAAGCGCGGCCCCUUCACCGUCGAGGAAGACAAGUCCAUCAUCCAGCUCCACGCCAUCCUCGGCAACAAGUGGUCGGCGAUUGCGGCGCAAUUGCCGGGACGGACGGACAACGAGGUGAAGAACUACUGGAACACCCACCUCAAGAAGCGCCUCCACCUCCAACGCCACCAGCACCACCUCCUCCCGGCUGCCACUGGUAUCGGCGGCAGCCACAUGGCGCAGUGGGAGAGCGCCCGACUUGAAGCCGAAGCGCGCCUCUCGCGCGAGUCGCUCCUCUUCUCUGCCAGUGCCUCCGCCGUCUCCUCCUCCCCUGCCUCCGCCAUCGAUGCGGCGCCAGUGGCGUCCUCCUCCCAGCCCGAGGACUUCUUCCUCCGCAUUUGGAACUCAGAGGUCGGGACCUCCUUCCGGCAGCGGCGCCUGCCGGAGGAGGCGGAGAGCAAGAGCUGCGUGACAUUCGGGCCACAGCCGCCUCCGACGGCGGCGGCAGCGGGGAUGGACGUGGACUCGUCGGGGUCUAACGAGGUGGUGGCUGCGGAAGAGAUCUCCGACGAGGCGUACCAGCUCUACCUCGACUUCACCGGCGACGAUUUGGGGAUGCUCCACGGCCAGCUCUCCGCCCUCUUCGCCGCCGACCUCAACGAUUCCUGCUUCGACUCCGCCUUCAAAUGACGGGUCAAAGGUGGAGAGAGACAGAAGUAAAAAAGAUUGAUGAAGGCGGAAGAAGUGGCAAUAAAUGAUGGAUAGUCAAAGGUUGAGAGUGCAAUAAAUGGACGGUGGAAUUUAUGGCAUGAUUUGGGCAUUUACUUCACUCACUGCCAUCGGAUUGCAACAGCAGCAGCAGUAGCUGGUGAAGCAGAGCACUUAAUGCGACGACAAGGUCACGUCGCCACCACUCCCAUCAUCAUUUCAUAUCGUAUCGUAUUGUAUCCUCCUCAAAAACUAUUUCGCCUUGCCUAACACUUUAUUCAUUUACUUACCAAAUGUUUAGAAAAUAAUCAUAUGGCGAUGGGCGACGAGCACCAACAGCAGGAUUGCACCCGUCGGAUACUGACGCUAUUCAAUGGGAAGACAUCAUCAAUCAGUGCCUCCAAUUGAUGCUUAUUAAUUAAUUAAUUAAUUAUUUAUUUAUUUAUUUUAGGGCUUCGUUCAUGGAGAAUGUUUUUGGUGUCAU